AUGCUUGAUUUGGCUUUCCGAAAUGAAAGUUCCGCUGUCAUUGAGAAAGCCAAGGCCAAGGAAAGGGCUAGAAAACUUAAAGCAAGCGAAAAAGAGCAGAGGUCACCCAGACCACUCAGUGCCACUAGAUCAAAAGCAACAAGCAGAGCAUCCUCGUCGAGCGAACGGAGACUUUCAAGUCAAAGCAAUUCAACAUCCUCAUCAAACUAUGAACCUGACGACGAAUUUGAGUUGAACGAAAUCCUAACGGCUCCACGGCCAAGGGCCGCAAUAGCUCCAUCAAUCGUGGAACAGGGUACCUCGUACUUUAUCACCAACUUUGUGGCUGGAGUAUCCGGACCAUCACACGGACAUUUUAAUUAUCUAAAGGACCUUUGCCGCAAUGGUGGUCUGGAUGAAGCAUUAUCUACAAGCAUGACGGCUGUCGGUCUUGCUGGUCUUGCUAACAGAACCAAAUCACCUCAGUUACUAGGUGAAGCUCGUUAUGAAUAUAUGAUUGCGCUCAGGCGUGUCAAUGGUGCACUUAGAUCUCCCAUAGAUGCUGUCAAAGAUAGUACAUUACUAUCUAUCAUGGUAUUAGCCGUAUUCGAGACAGUAACAUCUACCAACCGUUUGUCUUUAAAAGCAUGGACGGAACACAUCAAUGGAGCCUCGACGCUGAUCAAGCUUCGAGGCCCUUCACAGUUCAAAACACGAGUGGGGGUUGGUCUGUUCAUGCAGAUAACAGCUCAUCUCCUCAUAAGCGCGCUACAGCGAGAAAUUCCGAUGCCACAAGAGAUUAUGGCGCUACGAGCCGCAGUUUAUAAGCAGCUUGACCUCCGGGAUCCCGCUUUCAGAAUGCUGGCUAUCCUAGACAAAUUCACGUACUUCAGAUCCGAUCUCCGAACCGGCAAAUUAGGCGAUAGUGAACAAAUCAUUGCCGCCGCUCUCGCUCUCGACGAAGAGUUACAACAAAUAUUUGCUAAUGUACCACCCGGCUGGGAAGUUGAGACUGUGCAAGCUGGUGAGAAUGAAGCUCCAGAAAUCGUCUUCAAGGGUUCUUACGACAUAUAUUACGACUAUUGGAUAGCGCAAAUAUGGAACUCGAUGCGAAAUUCUCGAGUCAUGCUCAAUGAGGUGAUUAGACAACAUAUUCUUGAAGGUUUUGAUGCCAUACCCCCACGUUUUACGUCUUUGAGCUACAUGGCUCAAUAUCAGUUGAGCACUGAUACGCUAAUUCACAUGCGCGAUGGAAUUUUACGCUCAGUACCCCAGUGUCUGGGCUAUGUAAGUCGCAAACCGUCAACUUGGACUUCAUCUCCCGGUCACCCUACACCUCCAUCCCGCACCCCAUCACCUCUCAAUAACCUCCCACCUUCAACUCCCAAUACAAUCAACAAUCUCCUCUCCACUCUUUACCAAGAAGCCUUCGUCCCUGGUACUCCCUCUAUUCCAGCUGAGACUGGCCUCACGCCCCCCUCUUUCUCUUUUCCUGCAGCCGGCGCCUAUUUCCUCGUCUGGCCACUCUAUAUCGCAGCCGUAUCUCGUGUUACUUCACCCGAGGACCGCACCUUCGCCUGUGAGGCACUGCGCCGUCUAACCAGCGAUAUGGGUAUUGCGCAAGGAGCAGCCCUUGCGCAUUUCAUUGAAACCAGUCCACGCAUGCACAAUUCUGUAAAGGGUAAUGGGAAAGAAUUUGAGAAUCGGGUGAAAAAUAGUACAGUAGGGCUUGGUAGGAGUAUUAUUGAUGGGGAUAAGAUGUCGAAGGGCAUGAUUAAGAGAGCGGGGCCUUUGCCAGUUUAUACUUAUACAAGGGGAAUCAAUGAGAUUGAGGUCUGA